UAGGGCAGUAACGGUCACAGGUCACGUGGUGUUGAAGGCGUGUCUUCGCAAACAAACAUGGCCGCGCCCAGACAGAUCAUGUUGGAUUAAUGUUUUUGUGAACAACCGAGUAAUUUGAAGUCAAAAAUACGUCAAAGUAUCGUUUUCUACACUUAAACCUGAAGGGACAAUGAAGACGUUUUGCGGUCGUGCUAAUCCAACAACCGGAGCGCUAGAGUGGGUCGAGGAGAGCGAGGAAUAUGAUUAUCACCAAGAGAUAGCGAGGUCCUGUUAUGGUGAUAUGCUUCAUGACAAAGACCGGAAUGAGAAAUAUUACCAGGGUAUUCGAGCGGCGGUGAGCAGAGUGAAGGCGCGUGGGGAACGUGUGGUGGUUUUGGACAUCGGCACGGGCACCGGUCUGCUUUCCAUGAUGGCAGUGACAGCUGGAGCCGACUACUGUUAUGCAAUAGAAGUCUUCAAACCUAUGGCACAAGCUGCGUCUUCCAUUGUGCAGAGGAACGGCUUCUCGGACAAGAUCAAGAUCAUAAACAAACACUCCACCGAGGUUACAGUUGGUCCAGAUGGAGACAUGCAAGAGCGAGCAAACAUUCUUGUCACGGAGCUCUUUGACACUGAGCUGAUUGGUGAAGGAGCAUUGCCCAGUUAUGAGCAUGCACACAUGCACCUGGUUCAGGCGGGUUGUGAGGCCGUGCCACAUCGUGCCACAAUAUAUGCCCAGCUGGUGGAGUCGGACAUGCUUUGGAAAUGGUCACAGAUCCGACCUAUACAGGUGGACGGGCACAAAUUGCUGCCCCCUCCUGCUGUAGUGAAGUGUGCGGGAGCGCCAUCAGUCUGUGACAUCCAGCUUAGCCAGGUGUCUCCACAAUCAUUCACCCACCUCGGGCCCAUCUGCACCAUGUUCAGCAUUGAUUUUAGCAAGCCAGUCAGCAGUGCUGCUGGGUCCUACACGGCAAAAUUCAAAGCCCAGGCCAGCGGAAGAGCACAGGUGGUUUUAACCUGGUGGGACAUCGACAUGGACCCUGAUGCCAAUAUUGUAUGCACGAUGGCUCCCAGUUGGACCUACUCAGCACCUCAGUCUUACCCUUGGAGGGACCACUGGAUGCAAAGUGUCUAUUUCCUUCCUGUUGAGAAGAAUGUGGUAGAGGAUGAAGAACUCUGCUUAACAGUUUCCCAUGAUGACUACAGUCUAUGGUACAGCCUUACAAACAGUGAUAUCCAAGCACCAUCUUUCCGGCCGUGCUGUACCUGUCAGGCCCACCUGAUUUGGACAAGGCCUCGCUUUGGAGAACUGAACGAUGAGAAGAGAACUGAGAGUUAUGUGAGCGCACUACGCAGUAUUGUGAAACCAGACAGUGUUUGUUUAUCAGUCAGUGAUGGGAGCCUGUUACCCGUUUUUGCACAUCUGCUUGGAGCUAGGAAGGUGUUUAGUUUGGAAAACUCCGGAAUGGCGAAACAAGUAAUCGAGCAGGUCCUGCAAACGAAUUCGCUGAAGCACGCAGUGCAGAUAUUGGGAAUCCGACCUGAACAGCUUUCAUCAGAUGAUUUGGAGGGAAAUCUGAUAUCGGUGUUGAUAGCGGAGCCGUACUUCAGCACCAGCCUCCUGCCUUGGCAUUCUUUAUUUUUCUGGUAUUGCCGCACUGCUGUGGCGCAGCUGCUUCAUCCCAAUGCCACUAUACUGCCCUCUGCCGGCACACUUUAUAUAGUCGCUGUUCAAUUCCAGGAUCUGUGGAGAAUUAGAAAUCCCUGUGGUACCUGUGAGGGUUUUGAUGUCAGUCCUAUGGAUGAGAUGAUUCAGCGAUCUUUGGAUUUCCGUGAAUCUUGGGAAGCAGAGCCACAUCCGCUGUGGGAAUACCCUUGUCGUGCCCUGUCCAAGCCACGGCCGGUCAUGACAUUUGACUUCACACAAUGCGUUCCAGAGCAGCCAAUCAACAAUCAAGGAACUGUGCCACUUACAGGGAGAGGAUGUUGUCACGGUGUCGUUCUCUGGAUGGAGUAUCAGCUGACUGAGGAUAUCACUGUAAGCAUGGGCCUGACCAAACCAGUCGAUGAAGAGGGGUCUUGUGAAUGGAACCCACAUCGAAAACAAGGAGUUUUCUUCUUUAGAUCUGCACCGGAAAUAUCUGGGGAUGGAAGAGAAGAUCUUUCAUACAGUUUAACCUUUGAACCUCAUACUGGUGAUAUUAAAAUGGACUUUUCGGUCACCAAGCCUUGACCCAUGGACAGGA